AUGGCACCACCCCUUUACUCAAGCUAUCGUACUCGUGAACGGUUAUUCCAGCAACACAACUUGUCGGCUCCUUAUCCCAAUGGCAAGCACGCCAAAUACCUGUGGAUGGCCAAUCAUGGAACUCAACAGGGUUGGGGCAACUACAUGCAGGAAAUGGUUUUGAACGCAUAUUUGGCAUAUGCUUCAGGAAGAGCAUAUGUAUUUGACAACUUUACUUGGGAGGAAGGCGGUCCUGAAAUCGCUGACUGGAACGGCCACGCAAUUCCCGCCCGCAUUCCGCUGUCGGCUUUCAUAUCUGGCCCAAUCAUAGGGGGCCCAAUGCCUCCCAUGUCGAAGGAUAUCAUUCCUCGCGCUGUUUCUCGCGAAUGGUACCACAAGGUCUGCCCAGAGCCGGACCGCGUCGUUAUUGACACUCGAAAAAUUCAAAACUCAUUCCUGACAUUGCCAUCCGCCCUGCAAAUAGUAGAGCGCUGGGUAGACGAACUGCGAAAAAUUCAAUCACCUUGCGUGGAACUUGCGCGGUCAAGUCCAUGGUUGUUUGGAUGGGACCUGACGAAUACAGAACGUGUACUCGAUAUCUUCCCCGAUCUCUCCUCUUCACCUAUCCUCACUCAUUUCGACUGGUCCCCGUUGAUCCACGGUCAAUUCCUUAUCAACUCACACCAUUUCAUUCCAAGCAACCUGCGUUCACCCGAUUUGUAUGACAUUCGCACCCCCAUACCCGGCUUACUUGUGCUGCAUGUGCGUCGUGGCGACUAUGAGGGGUGGUGUUCCUACAUCGCAAUGUCCUGGGGCCUUGUCUACAACGGCUUCAACCGCUUUCCGCAAUUUCCAGACAAAUCGCCAGCGCCGCACGACCCCGAAGGGCUCCACCAUUGCCUACCCUCUAUCCCGGACAUGGUCGCCAAAGUCCAGAGCGUUGUCAACGACACCGGCUACCCACUCACCAAAGUCUUCAUUAUGACCAACGCGAAGGCGCCAUGGCUCACCGACCUCGUCAACGCGAUCGCGAAAAUACACGUAUGGCCGGACGGGAUCAGCACGAGCCGGGACCUGGCGCUGUCGUGGGACGGCCGGUUUGUCUCGCAGGCAGUUGAUAUGCUGGCCGCGCAGCGGGCGGAAGUGUUCAUUGGGAAUGGCUGGUCGAGCUUGACUUCGAAUAUUGCCAUGCUGAGGAUGACCAACUCCAACUUGGACCCACGGAAUACCCGCUUCUGGUAG